CAUUCCUGUCCUGAGACAGACUUCUUGAUCAUAAGAACUGAUGACAAUUACUACGUUCGGGAAGUGAAUGGUCUGUACACUGUUGGCCAACAGUUGCCACUCAUGAAAGUACCGAAUCCUAAGUCUACAGUUCAAAGCGGACAAUAUUACCCAUUCAUCCGGCAGUUCACAGAGAUGUUUAUUCAGCGGUUCUUUGACGGAAGAAAAACUGUUAAGAGUUUAGACACAGAGUUAAGCAAAGCGUUCAAAAAUUUAAGCCGAAAUUUUAUCGACAAAACAAUCAAUAGAUUUACAAAUCGCUGCUCAGAUCGUUUUCAAUUGAAAAGUUUAAUACCGUUUGACAUACGAAAUAGGAAUCUGUUAUCGCCGGAGAACUGUUGCGCGUAUUAUACGGCCGCCACCGCCGCCCAUAAUCUUAAGCAAAGGGGUUUUGGUGACCGCCUAUACCUUAAUCGUGAUAAGAAAAGUGUGGAUCCAUUGGAUGAGUUGGCGAUCGCGCCCUGGAAUACAACCGAAGCCUAUAUCGCAUCAAUCAAUCAGAAGAAAUAUUUGACAGUUUGCGAGUACAACGAAGACGGCUCUCUCCUCUUUGUCAAUCAGUCCUUCAAAGAUAUUCGAGAUCAAAUGCCAACCUUCAGGAAGUGUUUCCCAAUGUCUGAUCGAUCGCUCAAACUAUUAACACUCAAAAGAGCUCACGAAUGGCUAACUAACUAUGGAUUGGCCACUGAAAGGGUGAAGAAACUGAAGAAUGUCUCGGAAUGCGGUUCAAUGAUUAAGAAACUGUCCGAUAAAUUGCGAGCCAUAGGCGUGAGGCAAGGGAUGACCAAAACGGCGUCCGCUGAACAGCACUAUAAGAUUGAGUGUCAGAAAGUAUUUGAUUUACACACCAGUUAUUACUCUUCCAACGAUACGUACAGUACGGAUGAGGAGGAAGACGAAGAGGAGGACGACAGUGACUCUGAGUUCGAGGACAUGGGCCGAGACUUAGAGGCAAUACUGUUGGGCGAGAAGACUAUCGACGAGAUAGAGCACGAGCGCGAAGAACAGAUCCGCAAAGAUCUCAUGAAGAGUCUAAAGGAGGGCAAAGAUCUGAAGGACAAGAAGAGCGACACCACUCACAAGGAGUCGCUUAAAGGCAAAGUACUUAAGAUUUGCCGCAUUUAUGAUAAUAACGGCAAACGAGAGCUGAGGACCGAAAUCGUCAGAAGGCGUGAAGUGAUCGAAGCCUACGGCAAAGAUCUGAAGGACAAGAAGAGCGACACCACUCACAAGGAGUCGCUUAAAGGCAAAGUACUUAAGAUUUGCCGCAUUUAUGAUAAUAACGGCAAACGAGAGCUGAGGACCGAAAUCGUCAGAAGGCGUGAAGUGAUCGAAGCCUACGUCCGGAUCAGGAAAACAAAAUCUCUGGAAUUUAUCAAACAAUUGAAUUUCGUCGGGAAUGUCAGCGAAGACGGAAAGAUUGGCACCAAAUCCAAGUUAAAGGCCAAAUGCACUGCCAAUACAGUGGGCGCCAGUAAAGUGCCUCUAAAACCAGUGAACGGGUCAGUACUGAAUGCAGUCAAAAGUGCCCAAAGGGUUACGAACGGCGAAACGCGCGGCGAUUCAUGCGAUUACACAAACAUUGAUAUCGACGACAGCGACGACUGGGAUCUCGUGGAGACGACGGUCGGAGCGCAACAACCGCUGGUCAAAGUGGAGGGCAAUAAACUCAAGUUCGCUAAACAA